AUGGAUUCGAUAACUUCCACCAUCGUUACCUUCGUAGGGUUAGGUGCCAUGGGCUUCGGUAUGGCGUCUCAUCUGCUAAAGAUGGGCUACCAUGUCAUUGGAUACGACGUCUAUGAGCCAACUCGCCUCAGAUUUCUGGAAGCAGGAGGAAAUAUGUCACAAUCACCGCGAGAGGCAGCUCGCGGGGCGCAGGUUUUGAUUUGUAUGGUUGCCAAUUCACAACAGGCAGAUUCUGUAUUGUUUGAUUCUGGAAUGGGGGCCGUUGAAGUUCUUCCUCUCAAUGCAACUAUAAUCAUAUGUUCCACAGUCCCAUCUGCCUAUCUCAUGGAAAUACAGUCCAAACUAGAAUCCAUGGGUCGAAAUGACAUUUUCCUGGUCGAUAGCCCAGUAUCAGGUGGAACUGUCCGAGCAGCCGAAGGGACGCUGACAAUUUUAUCAUCAGCAACUCCGGCUGCAUUAAGUCAAAGCAAACGAAUCUUGUACGAUCUCUCGGAAAAGCAUUUUGUGAUACCCGGGGGUAUUGGUGCCGCAAGUAAUAUCAAGAUGAUUAACCAGUUACUAGCGGGAGUUCAUAUUGCGGCUGCAUCUGAGGCGAUGGGUCUAGCUGUUCGAAUGGGACUAAAUACCCGCCGAGUCUAUGAGAUCAUAGUCAACGCUGCAGGUACCAGUUGGAUGUUUGAGAAUCGAGUGUCACAUAUGCUGGACAAUGAUUGGACACCUCAAUCGGCCCUGGAUAUUUUUGUAAAGGACAUGGGAAUAGUCACAUCGUCGGCGCGAUCACAAGGAUUCCCCCUUCCACUGUCCUCGGCAGCCGAGCAACUUUACCUUUCAGCAUCUUUGUGUGGAUAUGGUAAAGAAGACGACUCCGGACUGGUGCGGGUAUUCACACCUGGAGCUGAGUCUGCAGUUCACGAUGGAGGCAAGAAGAAAGCACCGACAGACGAUAGAUUGACACCAAUUGUAACACCAAAUGAGAUAAAAAAGGUUGGUUUUAUUGGCCUUGGAGCAAUGGGGAUUGGAAUGGCAACUACUUUGGUGAACGGUGGGUUCCAUGUCACCGGAUACGAUAUCUCACCAAAACCGGUUUCGAAUUUCCUCUUGAGCGGAGGAAAAUCUGAAGCGGCAGAGUCACCAGCAGAAGCAGCUUUGGAUGCUGAUGUUUUGAUUGUAAUGGUACAAACUGCAUCACAGGUUGAGGAAGUACUUUUUGGAUCUGGCAAUGCGGCAGAGAAACUGCCAAGUGGUGCGGUUGUGAUUCUAACCUCAACUGUGCCGCCAUCUUUUGUACAAAAAAUCGGAACCCGGCUCGAAGCGUUGGAAAAGCAGCUUUAUCUUGUCGAUGCGCCCGUCAGCGGAGGAGCGGCCAAAGCUGCUGAGGGACUCUUGACAAUAAUUUGCUCGGCAACUGACACCGCCAUGUCAAAAGUUAAUCCAGUCCUUCUUGCUAUGAGCGGAAAGCCGGAUAAUAUCUACUAUGCUGAAGGAGGUAUUGGGGCCGCUUCUUCGAUCAAGCUCAUCAACCAACUCCUCGCUGGAGUGCAUAUCAUGGCAGCUGCUGAAGCUAUGGCAUUUGGAGCUAAAUUGGGCUUAGACACCCGGAGUUUAUACGAAAUCAUUAAAAACGCAGCUGGAGGGAGCUGGAUGUUUGAAAAUCGCGUCCCGGCAAUGUUAUCAGCAGACUGGACGCCUCACUCAAUGCUCGCCAUUUUCGUGAAGGACUUGGGCAUGGUGUUAGAUGAGUCGAAAAGAUUGGGCUUCCCGGCAUUUCUCACUGCGGCUGCCCAUCAGAUGAAUUUGAUGGGGGCAUCUCAUGGAUGGGCUCGGGAAGCAGAUGGUGGAAUCGUCAGGUUAUGGGAACUGAUGACUGGAGUCUCUGUUUCGAAGAGUGCCAAACCACAGGAUACAGGUUUCAACCCACGUGAAUAUCCAACAUUGCCUCUGAAAGAAACAAUAGAUUCUCUUCCUUCGGAGUAUAACGGAGACGUCCUUCACUCUAUCAGAGAAUACAUCUCGGAUGACAAGACCCCGUUACUUGUCAUUCUGGAUGAUGACCCAACUGGCACGCAAACCUGCCAUGAUAUUGCGGUACUCACUGUGUGGGAUGUUGAAACUUUACAGCGCGAGUUUGAUUGUAGUGAAAAGGGAUUUUUCAUUUUGACGAACUCUCGAGCCUUCCCGCCAGUGGAAGCAAAGAAGCUUCUGGAGAUCAUCUGCCAGAACGUUCAGCAUGCAGCGCAAUUAGCUGGGAAAGAAUUCGAAAUUGUUCUUCGCGGGGAUUCUACAUUGCGGGGUCAUUUCCCUGAUGAACCAGAAACUGUUGAAAGAACACUCGGAAGAGACAGAAUAGACGGAUGGAUCCUGGCCCCUUUCUUCUACCAGGGUGGCAGGUACACUAUCAAUGACGUUCACUAUGUUGCAGAAGGCGAUUUUUUAAUACCAUCUGGCCAGACACAAUUUGCUCGAGAUGCCACCUUUGGAUACAAGUCAUCGAACUUGAAGGACUAUGUGUUGGAGAAAGCUGGUUUCAAGUUCAGCAUGGGCGAUAUAUUUUCUAUAAGUCUUGAGGAUAUCAGGUGCGGGCCUGGGAUUGUCACAGAGAAGCUCCUGAAGGCUCCACGAAGAAGCGUCAUUAUCGUCAACGCGGCUGCGGAGUCUGACAUGUAUGUCUUUGCUGCAGGAAUCCUUGCCGCCGAGCAACAGGGCCGCAAGUACCUCUAUCGCACCGGUGCAGCUUUUGUUUCAUCGCGCCUCGGCAUCAUUGGUAUUCCACCUUUAUCCGCGGAAUCUCUCGACAUGAGCAGCAACCCUAGCGGGGGUCUCAUUAUUGCCGGGUCCUAUGUUCCAAAGACGACUUUACAAUUGCACUCUUUGCUGAGGCGAAGAGCAUCAAAACUCGACGUGAUAGAGCUUCCGGUCUCGAAGUUGAUCCACUCUUCAGAAAAUGCCACAGAAAUCGUAAAUACGGCCAUUGAAGAUGCUUCCCAGAAGCUUCAGAGUGGCCAGGACGUCCUCGUGAUGACAUCGCGAGAUUUGGUCGUAGGCGACGAUGCCAUUUCGAGUUUGAGCAUUGGAGGAACUGUCGCUGCUACGCUUGUCAAAGUAAUGCUUGGUAUCGAUGUACGGCCGAGAUAUGUCGUUGCGAAGGGAGGGAUUACUUCUUCUGAUAUCGCUACGAAAGGGUUGAAAAUGAAGCGUGCCAUGGUUGUUGGACAGGCGGCUCCGGGAGUACCUCUGUGGAGGUGUGAUGAAGAGACGUCUAGACAUCGCGGUGUUCCGUAUGUGGUAUUUCCUGGCAAUGUUGGAGGGGAAGAUACCUUGGCGGAGUUGGUAGAAAGCUGGGCGCUGCCGGAAGGUCGCUAG